UCUGUUAACUAUUUUGUUAUAAGGAUAAUUUUUGUAAGCGAUUGUUGCUUGUUUUGGUAUAAUCAUCUCCAUCUGUUUGUGUAAAUGUCUGUGAGAACCUAUCCUGAUAAAAUAAAGAAUCUUAGAACCAGGUGAUUGCCAGAAUGCAUCAUUUGCUAAUACAAUGAACUAAUUCAUAUGCAACGAUUUAUUUAAUCAUCUUGUUUUUGUUUAAACACUAUUGGUGCUAAACUUUUUGAGCUACAAGCUCUGGUUAUUGCCUUUUUGCCUGGUGUAAGUUGGGAUUUACCCUUGAAAAAUACCUAAGUUUCUACUGGUUAGCAUCAAGUGAUUAGUUUGAAUGGUAUCCAUCCUGCCUCUAAGUGGUAAUACCUUGAGGCUGCAGAUUUGAAUCCCGUCCUCUUUGCCGAUUCAAGAAAAAGUGUUGAUCGUGCUGUAGGAUAGAGAGUUAAAUGCCCCCAAUGGCCAUCAUCCAUGGCCGAUCCUAGUUUCAUUUCCUAAUAAUGCAAUAGCAUCAAUUUCUUGCUAUUAUUACAAAUAUUGACAGCGUUUUUUUUCUUUUGGGUAGAGGUCCAGUCUUCUUACAUCCCACUCCUAUAGAACUCCACCUCCAGAUGGGAUAUACCGCGAUCAUUUGGUUUGGUUUAUUAUCAAACUAGAGUAUAUAUUGCUAAACAUCAUACAUCUUAUGACUGUAUUGACCCACAAUAGGUUCAUCAUUGGAUUAUUAGACAUUGAGUUCAUGUUCAGUCUUCUCUAUAACCAGUACCAUACUUUGAGCAUUUCAGUCCAAAUUGCAGACAUGCCUUUGUUCGUUCUAUCAUUGUUUUUAAGCAUCUUGUGUCUUUUGCAAUUUCAAAGGGGUUGUUCUUGUUUAUCCACUCUAACAUACUAUUCAUUUUUCUUUUUAUCACACAGUGUAAUUGUGGAAGCUCUCAAAGUUGAUAGUUUGCAAAGACUUUGCUCAUCUUUAGAACCUCUUUUCCGCAGAAUUGUGAGCGAAGAAGUGGAGCGUGCUUUGACUAGAUUCGGGCAUGGUCAAAUUGCUGGAAGAUCUUCACCACCAAGAAUACAAGGUUCCGAAGGAAAAGUUUUGCAACUUCAAUUCAGAAUGAGGAUGCCGCCUCAUCUCUUCACAGGUGGGAAGGUGGAGGGAGAGCAAGGAGCUGCAAUUCAUGUUGUCUUGUUAGAUGCAACCACAGGCAACGUUGUGCAAACUGGACCAGAGUCAUCAUCAAAACUGAACGUAGUGGUUCUGGAAGGUGACUUUAAUGAAGAACUCGAUGAAAACUGGAGCGCUGACCAUUUUGAAAGCCAUGAAGUCAAAGCCCGCGAAGGAAAAAGGCCACUUUUAACAGGGGAGCUACAAGUAACCUUGAAUGAAGGAGUUGGGACUCUGGGUGAUCUUAGUUUUACAGAUAAUUCAAGCUGGAUUCGAAGCAGAAAGUUUAGGCUCGGUCUGAAGGUAGCUUCAGGAUUUUGUGUGGGGAUCAGAAUUCGUGAAGCUAAAACUGAGGCAUUUGCGGUUAAAGAUCAUAGAGGAGAAUUGUACAAGAAACAUUACCCGCCUGCUUUACACGAUGAAGUUUGGAGGUUGGAUAGAAUAGCAAAGGAUGGAGCAUUGCAUAAGAAAUUGAUGAAAUCUGAAGUCAUAACUGUGGAGGAUUUCCUUCGUGUUCUUGUUAAAGAUCCACAAAAACUCAGAAACAUUCUAGGGAGUGGGAUGUCAAAUAGGAUGUGGGAAAACACAGUGGAGCAUGCCAAGACUUGCGUUUUAGGAGGGAAGCUGUAUGUAUACUAUGCCGAUUUAGCUCACACCACCGGUGCUAUCUUUAACCACAUUUACGAGCUAAGAGGUCUUAUUGCCGAUGGUCAAUUUGUUCCAUUGGAAUCACUUAACCACGAUCAGAAGAUUUCAGUAGAUUCACUUGUGAAGAGAGCAUAUGAGAACUGGAAUAGAGUCGUAGAAUACGACGGCAAAGUCCUGACUGCACUAACAGUUCCUGCACCACCGGCUCAAAACUUGAUUGAAUAUCCAUUUAUAAGUUCUGAUCCAAUGGUGGGUGUUUCAUCACACACCCACCACCAAUCAGUACCCUCUGAUUAUCGGCCCGCUGGACCAUCUACCUUUGAUGUUUCAGGAGAUUGGUCGAGCCCGAGCCCACAUGGAUAUGGAGACUCUUUUUCUGAGGAAGUCCGUUUGAGGAGCUCUGAAAUGUUGGAAACUGAUGAUAUGCAGAAGCUACUGAGGAGCUUUGGCGUCGGAGAGACAGGGCCUACUUUUGGUCUUUAUGAGAAUGGUUCAUAUGGUUAUAACAUCCCUCAUGAACCACAUAUUAGUCCGGUGUAUGCACAUGGACACAGACGUGGUUCAGGGAAGGCAGUCGUCGGUUGGCUCAAGCUUAAGGCUGCACUAAGAUGGGGGAUAUUCAUAAGAAAGAAAGCUGCAGAAAGAAGAGCCCAGUUGAUUGAGCUUGAUUAACUUCAAAUAGGGUUGGGGAAAAUGUUGUGGACUUAAGUGUAGUACUUCUGUACACCAAAAUGUUGAUUUAUAGAGCUUUUUGUUCAUCAUAAUGAAAUGAAUUUCUUAGUUUA